AUGAAAUUGUGGGAAAUAAACGUCUAUGCCACAUUUUUAAUUAUUUACAUGCCCCAGCUUGCUUGCAAAUUAAUACCCCUUCGGUUGUUCAUAGAAUCCAAUAAUGGAACGUUGGAUGGUAUGGGAUUGUAUUCUUUACAUGAAGGUGAAGGCUACAAUUUCUUCUUUUUGGGACAACCACAGGAAGCACAAGAAUUUGUUUAUGACACCAGAAUGUAUCAUAUUUACUUUUAUUAUCAAUAUUUUGUCAAGUACAAAUUAACGAUCUGUAACAGCUUCUUGCAAUUGUCCUAUGUCCAUUACCCAUUCAAGGUUAAGAUCAAGAAAAAUGGAGAGUUGCAGUUCACAGGAUAUAAAAAUCUAUAUGCGGUUAAAAAUGUCAAUGAUCCACAUUCUUAUUCUACUCAAAAGUAUGCCGUAUAUUACUACAAAAAUAAGAAGUUGGUUCCCCCAGACGCGAUUGAAGUUAAAAUUACCGCAGGGCCAAUAGUUAAUGAAAGUCGUGUGACUGUUCCAAAAAUUCAUUAA